GGAUCUGCAAAUUCGCUGGUCGUAAGAAGGUUGGCAUGUGGCUUCUUUUCUUAAUCUCCGCCGUCGUCUUCCUUCGCGUCCUUUACGUCGGAAAAGGUGAAGAUGGUCAAGGUCCUCCGAGUCUUCAUUUCAAUGGCACUUCAGGGUUUCACCUUACCUCCCCCACCAGCUGACAGAAAAAGAACAGGACCACGCCCAUGCCCCGUAUGUUACCUUCCAGUAGAAGAAGCAGUUGCCUUGAUGCCAAAUGCCCCGUCAUUUUCCCCUGUUCUUAAGAACUUAACGUACAUAUGUGAAGAACCGUUAAACAGAGAGACAGAGUUUGGAGGGUCAGAUUUUGGUGGUUAUCCUACAUUGAAAGAUAGGAAUGAUUCUUUUGACAUUAAAGAAACAAUGAGUGUACAUUGUGGGUUUGUUAAAGGACCUCAACCUGGUCGAAAUACAGGAUUUGACAUUGAUGAGGCAGAUCUUCUUGAAAUGAAGCAGUGUCGUGGGAUAGUUGUUGCUUCAGCAGUAUUUGAUGCUUUUGAUGAUGUAAAAGCCCCACAAAAUAUCAGUAAAUAUGCGGAGGAAACAGUUUGCUUCUACAUUUUUGUUGAUGAAGAAACUGAAUCAAUUUUGAAGAGAGAACGAGGCCUUGAUGGCAACAAGAAAGUAGGGAUAUGGAGAGUUGUUGUUGUUCAUAAUCUCCCCUAUUCUGAUGGAAGGCGCAAUGGAAAGGUGCCCAAGCUUCUUGUCCAUAGGAUGUUUCCAAAUGCUCGCUAUUCUUUAUGGAUUGACGGAAAACUUGAGCUUGUCGUCGAUCCAUAUCAAAUUCUUGAAAGGUUCUUGUGGAGGAAAAAUGCUACUUUUGCAAUUUCUAGACAUUACAAACGAUUUGAUGUCUUAGUAGAAGCCGAAGCAAAUAAAGCUGCUGGUAAAUAUGAUAACGCUUCUAUCGACUUUCAAGUGGAUUUUUACAAGAAUGAAGGGUUAACCCCUUAUUCUGUCGCAAAGCUCCCAAUCACAAGCGACGUACCCGAGGGCUGUGUCAUUUUAAGAGAGCAUGUUCCCAUAAGCAACCUCUUCACUUGUCUUUGGUUCAACGAAGUUGACCGAUUCACUUCAAGAGAUCAAAUCAGUUUCUCAACCGUAAGAGAUAAGAUUGCAGCAAAAACAAACUGGACAGUAAGCAUGUUCCUUGAUUGUGAAAGACGCAAUUUUGUAGUUCAGAGAUAUCACCGAGCAGAACAAGAAAGAUUUGCAAGGCAACGAGCUCUGGUGCCUAAUUUUCCUCCUCCACCGCCUUCACCGCCUCCACCAGUUUUAAUCAGCACCGAUUUGCCUAGAAAAAUGUCAAGUGGAAGAGCGGUUAGCACAACGCCGCCUAGAAGACGUGGAAGAGACAGACGGGUCACCCUCAUCACCAACCUCACAUUCCAAUUUUACCACAGAACAUGUGGAGGUCCUUUGUUAACUCGUCUCUACUUCACCAAUGGCGGAAAACGUAUCUGGUUCAUGAGCUUCCUACAAACCGCUGGUUGUCCAAUCAUCCUCAUUCCUCUCUUGGUCUCCUUCCUCAGCCGUCGCCGCAGCAACCACAACCCUAACAACGCGGAAAACAAGGCGAAAACAAAGCUUUUCCUAAUGGAAACUCCUCUGUUCAUCGCCUCCAUCGUCAUCGGAUUGCUCACAGGACUUGACAACUACUUAUACUCUUACGGAUUAGCGUAUCUGCCAGUUUCAACUUCAUCUCUCAUAAUAGGAACUCAACUAGCUUUCAACGCUCUCUUCGCUUUCUUGUUAGUCAAGCAAAAGUUCACUCCUUUCUCCAUAAACGCCGUCGUUUUAUUGACGGUUGGUAUCGGGAUCCUUGCGUUACACAGCAAUGGAGACAAACCGGCUAACGAGAGCCAUAAACAGUAUGUGAUAGGGUUCUUGAUGACUGUGGUUGCAGCUGUUCUCUAUGCUUUUAUAUUACCGCUCGUUGAGCUAACUUACAAGAAAGCUCGACAAGAAAUCACUUUCCCACUUGUACUCGAGAUUCAGAUGGUCAUGUGCGUUGCUGCUACUUUGUUCUGUGUCGUUGGGAUGUUCAUCGUUGGAGAUUUCAAGGUGAUAGCAAAAGAAGCAAGAGAGUUCAAGAUUGGAGGAUCAGUGUUUUACUAUGCAUUGAUAGUGAUCACAGGAAUAGUAUGGCAAGGUUUCUUCUUAGGAGCCAUAGGGAUUGUGUUUUGUGCGUCAUCACUAGCUUCUGGUGUUCUCAUCAGUGUUCUGCUUCCGGUGACUGAAGUUUUGGCCGUCGUUUGUUUCCGGGAGAAGUUUCAGGCAGAGAAAGGUGUCUCUCUACUUCUAUCUCUCUGGGGCUUCGUCUCUUACUUCUACGGCGAGAUUAAAUCCGGCAAGAAAGUUCUUGAUAAACCUCAGCCGCCGGAGACAGAACUGCCUAUUCUUCCAGUUAGUGAUUCUGUUGCUUAAAAGGUCUAUAAAAGAGCAUUACUGUCAUGUUUUGUUUUUAAUAUUAUGUCUGAUUCUUGUGUGUUUUGUUAUUGUUCUUGUGCAGAUGAAUAAAUUUUAAAGAUAUUU